AUGGAAAACUCCUGCGUUGAUAAAAGAUACCCUUUACGAUGCUGGAUUUGCUAUGAUGAGUUUGACGGCGUGCGCAAUCCUAAAGAUCCCUGGAGACGGCCUUGCAAAUGCUCAUUAAUUGCCCACGAAAGCUGCUUAGUCUCUUACGUUACAAGCUCAACAAACACUAGAUGUCCUCAAUGCCUCAAUGAAUAUAUAAUUGCUCGACCCAUGAAAGCCAAUUGUCGGGUCUUACAUGCUGUUGGUCUUUGCCAAAACAUCGAAUCUGGAUUAGUGCAGAUUGCACUUGGGACAGGUGUUUGUCUCGGUAUAGGCAAGUCUGUGUAUUCGAUCUUCAGAGAGACAGGUCUCUGGGUGUGCCGGCAAGUGGCUGAUGAAAGCUCCAUGUUAUUUGUGAUGCAACGACCUUUGUUUUCGUCGGCCAUCCUUCCGAUUCUUCCAUGUAUGCUCGUUCGAUUUUGUGAAGCUCCUUCUUAUGACAUAGUUUUUAGUUUAUUUACACACUGCUCUGUCUAUUACUGUGUAGAUCGGUUUUCCACUACGCAGAUAUUAUUAUGUGCUUUACCAUGGAUACGUUCUAUUCACAAAGAGCUAACAAACUAUAUCAAAAAAAACAUUUCAGUCUAUACACAGGAAGACGACGAAGAAUUAAGAGAAAACUGGCUCCGAAAAUUAGAUGAUCAAAUUGAACAGCAAAACCUAGUGACUAAUGAGGAUGCAGAAGUAAAACAUUCUGAAUUAUGGACUUUUUUUUCUGUUUUCCAUACAUUUUUAGAUGGGUUUACAACUGAAAUCCUUCGGAUUCUACGACCAAUUGUCUUACUUCCUUUAGCAGGAAAAUUUUUGGGACGACUCUUCCCAAAUAGAUUAACAAAGGUACAAAAAAGUAUUUUAGGUGCGGUUUUUGCCCUAUGUAUAAAAGACAUAUGUAGAUAUAGUUUUCUGAGUUGGAGAGCCAAAAGAUCCCAAAAAAUACGGAUCCUGGAUAACCAAAUAGAGAGCAAGCACUAA